UGUUGAAAAUAUUUUUCGUUUUGUAUUAGAAAUACAGUACUUUUUAUUUAUUAUAGUUUUUAAUUAGAAAAAAAUAAUUAUUUUAAUUUUUGUGAUUACAAUGUUAUUAAAAUCAUUAGUUGUAUUACUAUUAUUGAUAACAUUAAGCACUACUGUUAUAGCCCGUGAUGUAUCGGUAACGAUAGAAAAUGGCCAAAUCAAUGGUCGCACCCAAACAUUCAAUGGUACCGAACUUGAAGUCUAUUUAGGCAUUCCAUACGCCGAACCACCGGUCGGUGCGUUGCGUUUCAGGCGUCCGGUUUCGGCUAGAAAAUGGUCGAAACCGUUCAAUGCUUACCAAUGGCCUAAUGCUUGUCCGCAACAAGAGUUCGGUUUGCCGACGAUGUACAACAAAAACCGUAGCGAAGACUGUCUACAACUCAAUGUUUUUACUGCCAACUCGUCGGUAACUACUAACCCGAAACCGGUAAUGGUUUGGAUACACGGCGGAGCCUUUAUUAUGGGCUCGUCCAGUGAAAUGCGAUACAAUCUAUCAGUGUUGGCCACAAUGAAUGUGGUAGUCGUGUCCAUUAAUUACAGAUUAGGUAUGUUGGGUAUGCUAUAUACGGGUACAGAUGAUGCACCGGGAAAUAUGGCUUUUUGGGAUCAAAUACUAGCACUGGAAUGGGUUCACAACAAUAUCCGACAUUUUGGUGGCGAUCCUCAACGGGUUACAUUGUUUGGCCAGAGCGCUGGUAGUAUAUCGGUUAAUACAAUGAUAAUGUCGCCCAAAAGUCGACAUCUGUUUAAAAAUGCUAUUGCAAUGUCCGGUUCGCCUCUAAUUCACGGUAUGAUUGCCGAACCGGCAAUGAGUUUGAAGUAUUGGCUACGACAGGCAAAAGCUGUGGGAUGUAGUACUGGUAAUAACCAUCAGUCGGAUAACAAUAGUAUAAGUGAUAGUAAUUAUAAAAUGUCGGCAAAAGUUAUUGAAUGUUUGCGUCAAAUACCGGCCAAUAAGUUGACAGAAAAUUAUACAACAUUUGAGAUCAGCGGUAGUGUUGAUCCGAUAUUUGUUAUCGACGGUACUAUCUAUACGGGAACGGUUAUGGAAAUGUUGGAAAGGGGUGAACAUAAACACAAUUUUAGUCUAAUGAUUAGCAAUACUGAGGACGAGGGAUCCAUUUUGUUGGCUUCGUUGGUCGACUCAAAGAUAUUCAAUCCGUUUUCACCGAAAAACUUUACGUACGGCGAAGCGUAUGACUAUUUGAGUAAUCUAUCGGCCGGUCUAUCGGCUAACCAUCCUAUCGAUGGCCAACAAGUGUCCAGACUUUAUUUUACUGGUCUAUCCAAUCGUACGGAUAGAGAAACUCUGAUCGGUCACAUUGGUAUAGCUUAUGGCGAUUAUCUGAUGACUUGUCCGACCAUCCGAUUUGGGCGAACACUGUCCGCAGCUAACAAACCGACAACUGGUGUCGCUGUCUAUCAGUAUUACUAUAAUAGUAGGUUAGGAAAUGAACCCAAAGAGGAAGUCUGUACCAAAUGGAUGGGUGUCUGUCAUGGACUGGAUUUAUGGCCAGUGUUUGGCAUACCGUUCCUUAAUAAAGACAAAUACGCUGAUCGCGAACGAGAAAUAUCCGGACAAAUGAUGCAAAUAUUUACUAAUUUUGCAAAAUUCGGCAAUCCGGGUAUUGUAGACAACUAUAAAUGGCCACAAUUUUAUUCAAUGGACAGUCAUGUAAUAGCGCCGUACUAUGAGUUUAGUAAUCAACCGAAUCCAGUGACUAACUAUAAAAACGACUUAAAAAUUGAUUUUUGUCAGUAUUUAUGGGAUUCACACAAUCAAUAAUUUUUU